GUUCCUACAACGCUUAGUUUUGGCGAGGAAGGAAGUGGUGUCCAUCAUGCCUUCUAUUACAAAUUUGGCCGUUUUUGUUUGCGCCUCUUUGGUCUUCAUUGGGACAGUCAAUGCCGACAAGUCCUUAACCACCAGUAAGACCAAUGGCGUCCGAAGGAGUCACAUGGCGGGUGAGCUCAUCUUUAGUGACGAAUUCGACCAACUCGACUUCGACAAAUGGCAACACGAACUUACCAUGUCUGGUGGAGGCAAUUGGGAGUUCCAGGUGUACUGGAACAAUCGGUCCAACUCGUUUGUGAAGGACUCCAUUCUGCACUUGAAGCCCACUUUGAUAGCUGAUCGAUUUGGCGAAGACUUUGUCCGAACUGGGGUGUUGAGCCUUUGGGGAGGCACUCCCGCUGAUUAUUGUACCCAAAAUGAUUACUAUGGCUGUGAGCGAGCUGGAGCUGGCAACAACAUCAUUAAUCCCGUAGCUAGUGCCAGGUUGAGGACUGUCAAGUCAUUUGCCUUCACCUAUGGAACCGUUGAGAUCCGAGCUAAAACUCCCACGGGAGACUGGCUUUGGCCUGCCAUGUGGCUUUUGCCCGAGAACCAGGAAUUCGGUCAAUGGCCCUCCAGUGGCGAGAUUGAUCUGAUGGAAUCCCGAGGAAACCGGGACUUGACCCUCAAUGGCAAUAACAUUGGAGUCGAGCAAGUGUCGCACACUCUCCAUUACGGAGUGGACUACUUCAUGAACGGCUUUGAGAACGCCCACUUUGAAUCCCAACGAGCCGCGCCCAAUUCGUGGAACAUGGACUUCCACGUGUACAAGCUUGACUGGACCCCGGAUUUCAUCGCUUGGUACAUUGACGACGUCGAGACUGGACGCAUUAACAUUGGCGACGGUGGAUUUUGGGACAUUGGAGAAUUUGAAGCCAAGUUCCCUGGCGUGGCCAAUCCUUGGGCAGGCGAGCACAAGAGUGCCCCAUUCAACAAGGACUUCUACAUCAUCUUGAACAAUGCCGUGGGAGGAACUGGCGGUUAUUGGCCUGACGCAGCCGUGAAUGGGCCUUAUCCUCGCCCAUGGGCCCCUGGAUCUGACCAUGCCUCUGGCGAAUUCUGGGACGCCAAGGACAGCUGGUACCCCACUUGGGACGGCGAGAAUGCCGCUCUCCAGGUGGACUAUGUCCGAGUUUAUGCACUUUGAGGAAUAAAUCAAUCACUUCAUGCUGA